AUGUCAUCAUCGUAUUUAUUCAUUAUUCUAUUACUGGUCAACAGAAAUGGUGUUCGCAGUUCGGAUUAUGAAGAGCAAUUAUUCAAAGAAUUAUUUCAAGAUUACAAUCCACUGAUACGACCUGUUCAACGACUCGAUGAUACAGUUACUGUUUCAUUUAGUAUCGCCCUUCUACAGUUGAUCAGCGUAGUCGAAAAGGAACAAGUGUUGAAGACGAAUGUUUGGUUACAAGUCAAAUGGCAUGAUUAUCAAAUGAAAUGGAAACGAGAAAAAUACGGAGGAAUUCAAUCGAUACGUGUUCCUCCAAGUCAAGUUUGGACACCAGACAUUGUUCUAUUCAAUAAUGCCGAUGGAAGAUAUGAAGCAUCAUUCAAAUCGAAUGUCGUUGUUUAUUAUAACGGAGAUAUGAAUUGGGUCCCGCCUGCAAUUUAUAAGUCCAGUUGUCAUAUUGAUGUCAAAUUUUUUCCGUUUGAUGAACAAGACUGCGAAUUACGGUUCGGAUCGUGGACAUACGAUCAACAUCAACUGAAUUUUACAUAUUACAAUGAAAUUGAACGGCAUGUAACGAUAAAAGACUAUGUUGUUAGUGGUUCAUGGGAUUUAAUGGACGGACCAAUGACGAUUCAUCAUCCAUCGAAUACAACACGAAACUCGAUCGAAAAAAGUUACCGAAGUGAUCGAGUAGAAUUCGUUUGUAAACUUUCUAUUCGACGUAAAACACUUUUUUAUACUGUUAAUUUGAUAAUACCCACGGUGCUCAUCUCGUUUUUAUCAAUCUUUGUUUUUUAUCUUCCAACAGAUGCUGGUGAAAAAAUGACCUUAUCAAUAUCGAUUCUUCUAGCAUUAGUUGUGUUUCUCUUACUAAUAUCGAAAAUUUUACCACCUACAUCAACAGUUAUACCGUUAAUUGCCAAAUAUCUUCUAUUUACGUUCAUUAUGAAUAUAAUAACAAUCUUCUGUACGGUCGUCAUUAUUAAUUAUAAUUAUCGAACACCACGCACGAGCAAAAUGCCUCAUUGGAUGCGACGAUUGUUUAUUGAUAUAUUACCACGAAUACUUCGAAUGGAAAGGCCAAAUAAAUAUGAAAGAGAAAAUGAAGAAGAAAGACCGGAAGAAACAAGAAUGAAUUGUAUACGUGCGUCGCGUGUUAUCUCUCUCGUAACCGCAAUUAGCAAUGGUGAUCAAUCAUUAACAACGACAACUGACGAGGAAAGUUCAGUGGAUUCAUUUUUAACGAAAGAAAUCUACGAUGCAGUCGAAGAUCUCAGUUUUAUCGCUGAUCAGAUGAGAUCAGCUUGUCAUUAUGAAGAAAUACGUGAUGAUUGGAAAUAUAUUGCAUCUGUGAUCGAUCGACUACAAUUUGCACCUUAUGUUCUAACAGUAGUCGAUCAAACUGCAAUACUUAAAAAAUGGGAUCCAACAUUCGGAAAUACCAAUCGCAUCACCUUCCUUUUGGCUACCGAAUGCCCUCGUAGUUCAAUUAUUGGUUAA